UUUCUAUUGGUGGAUGAACAUACUGCCGAUACUGUGCCCGAAAUAGAUAUCUGGUGCAUUUAUCCUGAGAUUCGCACGGGUCCAGUCGAUCACCGAUAUGUCGACUGAUUAUAAAAUAGAUGUUGGUAGUCGUGGCUUCAAAGAAGGACCAGAACUAAGCAUCUUACCUUCAAAACUGUUACUAGAUGAAGAGGUUAAUGCAGCGCGUGAAAAUCUUAUUGGAAUUCAAGAAAAGAUUUCAAUCAACGACUAUUCAACAAAUGCGGAGCGUAGAGCCGUGAGUGACAGGUUUCUGAAAGCAGAUAAAGCUGCACUUGGUUACAAUGUCAGCCAUGUUGGAGAGGAGGAAAGGCGACUACAUAGACCAGUGAAGAAGUCUGGGCCUCUUCUCUCUGGAACAGCUUACUGUAUUUCUUCUUGCAGCAUGAUAAUGCUGAACAAAAUUGUUUUGUCAGGUUAUAAUUUCAAUGCAGGAAUAUCUUUAAUGUUUUACCAGAACUUAAUAAGCACGUUGGUUGUUGUUCUACUGGGUUUAUCUGGCACAGUUUCAGUUGAAAAGCUCAACUGGAAGCUGGUCAGGGUCUGGAUUCCUGUUAAUGUGAUAUUUAUUGGCAUGCUCGUAUCAGGAAUGUAUAGUUUGAAAAACAUCAAUAUUGCAAUGGUGACAAUUCUCAAGAAUGUGACAAAUAUUAUAACUGCAAUUGGAGAGUUAUAUUUGUUCCGGAAAGGUCAAAAUCCAAAAGUGUGGACUGCCAUGUUUCUGAUGAUUAUCUCUGCUGUCAGUGGCGGUAUUACAGACUUAUCCUUUGAUGGAGUUGGUUAUUCCUGGCAGAUUAUCAAUUGUAUUCUUACCGCAAGUUACUCUCUUACCCUUAGAUGGGUUAUGGAUGAGGCAAAAAAGUCAACUAAAUCAGGAUCCCUCAAUGAAGUUUCUAUGGUGUUGCUGAACAAUUUACUGUCUUUACCUUUUGCCAUAUUCUUGAUUUUCCUUUUCGGCGAGUGGGAUUAUGUAAUACAUGUGGAUGUAGUUAAACUGCCAAUGUUUUGGGUUGUUGCAACGGCUAGUGGACUGCUUGGACUUUCCAUCAGCUUUACUUCUAUGUGGUUCUUACAUCAAACUGGUCCAACAACAUAUAGCUUGGUGGGUUCCUUAAACAAGAUUCCGAUCUCCAUUGCCGGCAUUUUAGUUUUCAAAGUCCCCCUCAGCAUAUCGAAUUUAUUCAGCAUUUUGUUUGGUCUCUUUGCCGGGGUAUUUUUUGCGAGGGCUAAAAUGUCCCGAUGAUUAAUACAUUCAUAUUGUUGUAUAGUUCUGGUUCCAGCUCUCAAGUUCCUGUUGAUCGUUAAU